GCCUGUCCUCCCCUCCUCCCUCCUGUCACAUCUGGAGCUGACUUCUCUUAUCAGCACCACUCAGCGCAGUGGAAGAGAGAUAGAGAAAGAGAGAGAGAGGGAGGGGAGGAAAAGACCGGAGAAGCGGAGGCUACCUCGGUCUGUGCAGCCUUAUCAACAGCCCGAAAGAAUCAAGGAGAGGCGAGCGGAAGGACAGCUCACCUCCUCAUCCGCAUCCACGGAUAUUCGGCAUCUCCUUCUUCCUCCUCCAUCCCUCAGCCAAGCUUUUUUUUUUAAUCUUCUCCCUCUCUCUUCCCUUCUCUACUCCAGAGUAUGAUGAGCUCAAGCUUGCUAGAAAACCCGGUGCAGGCGAUUCUGUACCUGCGGGAGCUCACCACCAUCGUCCAGAACCAGCAGAGUCUCAUCCAGACGCAGCGCUCCCGGAUAGAGGAGCUGGACCGGCGAGUGGACGAGCUCAUCAGCGAGAACAGGCACCUGCGGGACGUCAGGAUACAGCAGCAGCAUCCUUACCAUCACCUCCAUCACCACCACCACCACCCAGACCCCAGCUGUCUCCCUCAUCUUCACACUCCUCAAGAACCCCCGCUGAAGACGAGUGCGUCGUCUCCGUCCGACCAUGCGGCUGCACCAAGUCCAGGACAGGUCGAGGCCGCUCCAGGGGUCCUGCCGUCGCCCUCUCAGCCUCUGGAUCCCGGAGACAUGCAGCUUGUCCCGGCCGACCCGUCCACGGUUUCCCCGGUUGAAAGUGACCCAGAAAACGGAGGAAGUUCCCUCAGCUGCCGUUCUUUGGUUCCGAUGACCCCUACAACCCUCUGUCGAUCACUGGCCCUGGCUAGAAAAUCUGAGUGAGUAGAGGCUGAUGUUUGCAGAUGUGUGUGUGUGUGUGUGUGUGUCUUCAGAUGGUCCAAGAAGGUUUUAAAGGUAUUCAUACAUUAAAUGUAGAUUAUCUGCAGAGGGCUAUAGUCUCAAUGCAUAAAUAAUUCCUCUACCUUGGUUAGGUUACAUGUUUUAGAGCCUUUGCAGUGUUUGUGUUGCAUCGGUCUCAAGCUGUAGAGACUAUAAUUAGGAACGUACAUGCAAGCGUGCGCGAGUCCUGCAGAUUGAGAGGCGUUUAAUUAGUGCAGAAGGCGCCUGCAAAUUUCCAAUUUACUGGUGUGUGUGUGUGUGUGUGUGUGUGUGUGUGUGUGUGUGUGUGUGUGUGUGUGUGUGUGUGUGUGUGUUUGGGCUAAGGACUGUGCCAGAAGAGGAAGAGGUGGAUUAUUUAAAUGAGAAACUGGAUCACGAUCACUGGAUCAUUACAUAACAAACAGCUGUAGGCCUGUACAUGCCUUGUAUGUGUGUGUGUGUGUGUGUGUGUGUGUGUGUGUGUGUGUGUGUGUGUGUGUGUGUGUGUGAUGAAAGCACACACUCAGUGGUCAAUCUAAGCCCGAGACAGGAGUAGAUUCACGUGCGAUGAUGAGACACUGUCACUGUCCACGCGCCGCCUCUCCUCUUUUUAAUUACCACACGGGAUCCGAGAACUCUCACGGGACCUCUGGGCCUCUGAUGUUGCUGUGUGAUGAAGAGAGACACUCACACACUCCUAGGCACACUUCUCUGUCCCCUUACUUGGCACCAGAGGCUCAUAAUGCAUCAUGACAUUACCUCCAUAGUCAGGGAAACCGAUCUUUCUCUCUUAUUCUUAUCUUCUGUCUUUGCUAAUGUGCAUGUUUGUCUGAUGUGUUCAUAAGUUUUUCCCCAGCAUGAGUCCUGAUUGGUCUCUCUGGGAAUCCUCCCCCACUGAGAAGAGUAACAGAGCAAAUGAGGAGUAGAGAGGAGCAAAGAUGUACAGGAAUAUGAACAUAUAUAUCUUUAAACAUACAGCUGGAGAUACCAGUGGUGCCACGCCUCACACCUUGCCUUAGAUGUGUGUUUACAUGUGUAUGUAUUUUUGUAUAUGCCUAAUUUGAUCAGUGCAAUACUGCUCAUACUGUAAAUAAAUGAAUAAAUAGGCAGUGAGAAGGAAAUCACAGUAAAUAAAUCACUUAAAAAAAAAAAAGCUAUGGGCAGAAAAACAGCAGUGUCACCCACCAGUUGCUCAGACAGCAGAAUAGGAGCAAGCUUAUGGUUUAUUACACAGCCUUGCUGUUCCUGCAGCAGUUUAUGUGCGUCCUUGAAUGCAACCUGACAUUCUCAAGUGUUCCCUGAUUGGAGGUCGUUUUUGUACACGCUCAUGUAUAGAUUCGCUGCUCGCAGUGCAGACAGGUGAGGGGUGAAAUGAGAGUGUCAGGCUCAGACUUACAUUUAAAGAGACGAUUUACCUUGCUUUCAUAGCCUGCUGCAUCCUCCCUGCAGCUACUUGUCCUGUUGUUCCUCUCCUUUCUGCUUAAGCACUGACUCUAUGUGUGGGUUUUUGGGCCAUGUAGAGGUGCAUUAGCAUACCUUGUUUGAUCUGGAUGUUUUUUAAAGAGCUUGGUUGUCUUACCCUACAGAUACAUGACAUGUGUUUGUGCUGGCUGGGAGUGUGUUUAUGAGCUCUGUGUUGUUUGUAGUGUGUGCCGAUGCACGUGGAUAUGCCUAUGAGGGGAGGAAGCGGGGUGGGGGGUGGACAGGAUCCUCUCUCCUCCGCUUAUUCACUGUCUCUCUCCAGCUGAGGCUCCUAUCUGCCCCACUUAGCCCAUGGAGCGAACAGUAAUCAGCCAUUCUCAGGAGAGAGGAGAGAAAGGCAGAGAGAAAAAGAGAGAGAGAGGGAGAAGAAAAAAAAGAGAGUGAGAGAUGCAUGCUCAGUCGUUGUCUUUGAUGGAUCCCUUGGAGGUGUCUAAGAGGAAGGAGCUAGAGGCUGACAUCGGAGUGGUCCGGUGAAAGUAGGGGGAUGAAGUCAGAAAGAGAGAACCUGAGGAAGUGGUCAGGACAGAAAAGAAGGAAGAGAGAGAGAGACCGGUACCAAAACAGAGGAGGGAAGAGUGCAUUUAGGGAAGCUGUCUCCUCAGUUUAUCUGUGCUCCUGGAAAAAAAAAAAAAAAAACAAGAUAAAAUGGACAACAGAGGGACAGGCUGUGGCAUGCUGCGCCGCAGUGGAAGGUGCACACAAUGUACUGGCAACGUUUUGAAUCCAAAUGGAGCUGCUCUUGUUGCAUGUCAAAGCUCCUCUUUCCUUACACUCUCUACUGGUUACGGGCUGAUGAAAAACAUUGCGUUUAAAGCACUCUUACAAAACAGGACAGAGGGGAGGGAUGGUGUGAGGCAGAAAGAGAAAGAGGGGGAAAGAGAGAGAGAGAGCGAGGGAGAGAGAGAGCGAACAUGUGCCAACAGGAGGAGUCAUGUACUGUUAAAAUAUUCACCUGUUCUCUUUGUAAGCGUCGUUGACGGCGGAUGGCCUUUAUGUGUGUGUCUUGUACAGACAGAUGGAUGGACCUGCCGACUGUGUGUUUCUGUGUGUGUUUCAGUAUGAGCUCAGCCUGAGGUCCUCAGGGCUGAACUGUUUUGCAUGAACCUGACAACAUAACUUAGCUCUUAUACUGAUACAAAUGGCUUUGCUGGCCAUAAAUAUGUUAUUGUCUGAUCUUCUUUUAACCCCUAUUUGAACUCUGAUUUUGAGUUUUCUAUUUAUGUAUGUGGCUGUGGCCUAUGUGUGAAUGCAUGUUGCAUUAAGGCAUCUGUAAUGGGCAGAGAUCAACGGAUUACGCCCAUCUUAUGUUGUGGAUGUUUUUUCGUCUUCUUGCUGCUCUCUUUUUACGUCCAUGCUGAAGAUUUCUACUCAUAUUUUUGUCUUAUUUUCAGGCAGCAAUUCAAGAUUACUGAAAUAGAUCAAUUUGCAACUAAUAAUUAAAUGAACAGAGACAGACCACCAUCACAUCUGCUAGUAAAAAAAGAGGCUGCAGUAGACAUGAAAGUUAUUUAUCAUUAGGACUAGAAAAGGGGUGGUUGCUAGCCUGGAUCAGUCUGAAAUCCUCUUACCAGCCCAGGAAUAUAGAAGUGAGGCCUCUUUAUUAUAUUUUGUCAUGUUUGACACUUACGUUUUUCUUGGUUUGUCACAGUAACAAACUGCAGAGUCAGACAAAAGCACUCCGUGGUCACAUGCCUUGUUUUCAAACCCUAUAAAUCGAAUCUUUUUUUUUUUUUGUUGAGCUAAGAUAGGUGGAUGCUGGAAGUAAUUUUUUAUGACCCACACAGAUCUCUUGAGGGUGGUCCAGUCCUAUAAUGUAACAGUCAACAAAGUGAACAUGUAUGUUUUCCCAAAGGUCAAACUUUGCCUGUGAAACUGCAGGAGUUAGACAUUUUUGAUACCUUUAAAGGGCUUUCCUUGCCUUUGGAUUUAGUGUUAGUAUGUCGUUGUUUUACAGUGUGACUUCAAUGCCUUAUUAAGUUCCAUGAUGCAAACAGUGUGCCUUUUGAAGUGCUGGUUUAUUUAUUUUCAUUCAAAUUUACUUAACCAGGGAAGCCUCAUUGAGAUUAAAAAUCCCUUUUACAAGAGUGUCCUCGCCAAGGCAGCAGAGGCAUGUUCUGCAAAGUUACAGACAUACAUACAACACAUAAUCUAAGAAUAAAAAAUAUCAGGUUAACAUAUCCUGCAUCACAUAACAGAAAUCAAUAAAUCUAUGAAAUUUCUCGGACAGGAGCAUGUUUAAUUACAGAAAUAAAUAGAUCUCACACAUGAUAAGCCCGUAAAACACCAACCAAGGAACUUAAGACUUGCAACUCUACAGAAGCCCUAAGCAGACACAUAACCAUUUUUUCUCUUUACACUGUUUUCCAGUGAUAACAAGUUGGUUUUACCGCGAUCUCAACUUGCGGUCAGAUGAUCAAAUUUUAUAGCCCCUAAGUUGCAAAAGCACAAAACAAUCAUGGUAAGGCUGCAUGAUAGCAGUAUGCUUUGGUUUUGCCUGUUGUUACAUUGCAAAAUUACCUGUUUAAUACAAAAAUUAGAGUUUUGCUAUCAAGAAAAAAAAAAUAUAUAUAUAUUUUUUGUCAAGAUUUUGACAAGACAUCCGACAUUAAAAAGUUGUUAUUAUGAGAAAAGAGAAUAAAUAAAAUGAAUGGAUGCAUACUACAUAUACCAAUACAUAUUUUUUAUUCAGAAGUAGGCUGUGUAUUCAAAAAAGUCAUCUGGUUAAAUUUUCAAGCAUGCUUAUAAAAGGAUCUCAAUAAUUUUGAGCAGCUGAUUGAAAAGGUGCUUUUAAUUUUUUGUUCUGUUUGGUGGUUAUAAGGUUUGUAUCACUGCUAAAAAAAAAAGCUCAAUAAUGAGAAAAAGUGCUCUGAAAAAAUUCAUUUUUUAACUGAUGGAAUUGGUUCACAGUUUAUUGAAACCUGUGGAAGCUAUUAGGAUAAGAUGUCUACUAAGGAAAAAAUGUGAAUGCAAGCAAUGAAAUCAAGGUCGUAGACGAAGCAUGCCGUGCUCUGGUAUAGUAUGUUUGUGUGUGUGUGUGUGUGUGUGUGUGUGUGUAUGAGGAUAGGUGUUAUUGCAUUUUGGGAAGUAAUAUUUAUGGAAACUGACAGUGAAAAGUAUGGAUUAGGGAUGCUUUUAAAAAAAAUCAUUGUCGUUUAAAAUCGGUGGAAGUUGCUGUGAAAAGGUAGCUUUUUAUAGCCCGGACUGUCAUGCUGAGUCUUGCACUGACUCUGACUGCCUGUCACUGCAGCUUUUUGUCACGGGCAAUAUGGUGAGCCUGAGUCGGAAGACUAAGUGUGGCACAGCCAAGAAAUUUUCUGUCAACUGAAUGCUCCUGGCUCAUUGUUGAAGGACCUAAGAUGACCCACACCCACGUCUCUUAAAAAAACGAUAUGAAGACAUACAAUCCUCUAGAGUCAUGUUCACAUUCACCCUUAUGUCUGUUACUUGUAGGCCUACAGCACCCAGAAGGCCAAAGGUUCAACCUAUGUAAUAACUUAGAUAUGAUGCAUUUUCUUUGUUUUCUCUCUCUUUUUUUACUCUAAAUUGCUCGGAAAAAGAACACCAGCCUAAAAUAUGAAUGUAAAUGUAAAAUGUAUGAGCGAGAAACAAGCAUGAAGGACUCAAAGAGAGAGGGUAAGAAACAGCAUUCGGGUUACCAUCUGUCCGGAUUUGUUUCGGGAAUUCUACUAAAUCACCACAAAUCUGAUGAAUCUGAAGGGAGGAGGCGUAAACAUCCGGACACACAAACAUCUAAAUACUCACACUUACUCUAAGUGUUCUCAGCAUUCAGUUGACCUACAUAGGGUAUUUACGCCGGGAUCAGUGCCAAAUUGUAAACAGAAGCUGUGGAAAUAAUCCAGAAGGGUCUAAUGAGAGACUCUUCAGGAUCUUUUGGAGCUUUGGACAAAGAAUAAAAAUAAAAGUGGAAUAUGGGAACAAGAAAAUCACAAGCAGCAGGGGCCAAUAAUGACUAAAUGAAAGGCUGUGCUUUGAGUUCUGUCCCAGUCCCUACUUUGAUUAACUUCUUCUUUUACUGUCUUUUUUACAGGAGCGAGACUGUGCUGCACCAGUUCUGCUGCCCCGCCCCAGAACAUCCAGAGGCUGACACCACAGGCUCAUCUGGGUAAGACGGAGUCACUCAUAUCUCCACUUUUAUAUCAGUAGAAAUUAGCUCCUGCUUUUUGAAAGGGUACCCUUGUUACAUUGGCCUUUUGUGUUAUAGACCAUGAUCCCUUUAAGGUCCCUUUAAGGUCAGUCAAUCACAGUAAAAGAGACCCUCCAUGUUUUCUUCACCAAGUUCUUACACAAAAUACAACAAGACGCUUAGUUUGCCGUGGAUUUCAGAUGGCAGCCAGCUCUUUUGAAGCUCAAGCUUAAUUUCUAGGCAGUGUAUAUAAUCAUGGCAGUUAUGGCUUGAGUGCUUGUAGGUGGUGGGGCUGAAUAUGAGCACAUUACUGUUGCAGGGCAACAGUAAUGACGGCAGCUUAGAGGCAGUGACCAGAAAUCUUGCAGCUUAAAUCGGCCUCCAUAGGGUAUACUUGGUCCUAUUGAGAGUGUAUGUUUGCCAGAUGGUUGUGAGGAUGAUGCAUGGCCAGAGGACUCAGUGGCUGCCUGACAGUGGCUGUACUAUAACAGAAGUUUAAUUCCCUUUCACACUGUAUUACUUAUCAACUUUCUUCACAGUUUGCUCACAGAGAUACGCACUUCUUUGUCUUAUUUUCGUGUUUGUCAAAAGAAGUAACAUCCACUCUACCCAGCAGUGUCUGUGUGAGGUUACCCACACAAGCUGUAGCACAGUGUCGUGAGAGUGGAGAGCCAGUACUCCAGAGAAUAAAGUAAAAGAAGACAUGAGAGAUGACAGUAUGCUACCCAGUUUUUCUCUAAUAAAUGUGGGACCACUGGAAGUUGACCUGAUAGCAAAGUCCACAAAAACACAUUUAUCUUUCUCCCCUGACAUUGGUUGCUUUUGUGAGAAAGGGGACUUUGGUAACAUCAUUCCAAAAAAAGAUCUAAGACUAAAAUGAUUUUUCUCUAUAUUUAUUUGACUUCCAAAAACAAUUCAAGAGCCUGCUGUGCCUCUUAGAGAGAUGCUGAAUAGUGAGCACUUUUUACUUUGAUUGCUCUGCUUUCUGCAGUUUUCCAUUACUUGUGUAACCCAUCAUGUUUUAAAAGUUUAGUCUUCUAUUUGAAUUAGAAACAAAAGUUUGAACGGAGAUGAUACUUAAGCAUUUUGACAAUCCACUAAUUUCAUUGUAGAGGAUGAUGAUUUAUUUUGCUCAAGAGCUUAGUGUACAGUAUUUUUUUAAUCGAUAUUCACUUUAAGAUGUAUUUUAAUUUCCAAAGAAAUUGCAACGAAAAUGAAAUUUUAAGGAUAUAAAUGACCUUUAGCACUUUUUUUUAUAAGUCUUGCAUUAAAUACUGAAUUCUAUGGUAUGCAGCACACCAGAUUCAGGUCUGUGUAAUAUUUAUGUGGUGGCAGGGUUUCUGUAUUGGAGGUGUAGGGCCAAAUGUGACAUUUUCCACAACCCCCAGAUCCCAUGUGGCAUCUCCAUCCUGUGGGAAUGGUUGAGGUAUGAUAUUGUGGAUAAUGUGAAAAAUUGAGAUUCAGGGACGUCAGACUGGGGGGAAAAGGACACUGAGUUUACGGGGGGCCCUUAUGUUGGAAGGGCCCACAAAAAUAAAAUAAUGCAUGGCCUCAAUGCAGCUAGGGACCCUCGGGGAAUAAGUUUGUAAGGGGCCCAUAUUUUUCUGCAAUAUUAAGAUCUGAACAAAAAUAUACAAUAAAUAAAUAAAUGUAAUAAGACAAAAAUGAUCAACAUUAUAUCUCAUCCAUGUGUCCAACAGAAGGGAUGGAAUAAGAAGUAAAGGAGAAGGGGGAAAAGGAGCUCAUAGAAAGAUGGGGAAUACAUGGAGAAAGUGGGUUUGUUAAGAGCAACAUUUGUGCACACAUAAGUUUUAAGGUCCAUGUAUUCAAAUUAACUGUAUUACAACAGCAGGACAGUGGGAAGUAAAGGCACACAUGACCCUGUCACAGUCUUUUAACUACAAGAAACUAUCUGUUUACGGAUGUGUGUGUAAUAGACAGCUAUGUGUCAGUGAGUCAUGUCUACUCUGUAGGCUGUGAUUAUGCUUGUUAAUAGCAAUAUUCACAGUGCUGUAUGUGUGUGUUUUGAACAUGGGGGGGCUGUGGUUACAGUGAGGGGGUUCAAUGCUCUUGAACAAACAUAAAGAUCUCAGAGCCUCAGGGGUAACACAUAUAUACCCUGUACUGAGACAGAGAGAAAGGAGAGGUUGGGGCUUCAAUGGGUUUGGUGCUUGGAAAACAAUAUUGCCUCUAUAAAAUUACCCAUGGCAACCCAGUAAUAACGUUACCAGCAGCUACCACUACCAUAGUAACAGGAGAAUCUAACUUUGAAGAUCUUCUGUGGCAUCUUUAGCCUUCUGUGCCUGCUUGAGAAGCUUGUCUAUUUGUCAUACUAGUUUGUUCAUAUUUGAGUGUCUGCGUGGGGGUGUGGGACUUCGUGACGAAUCACUUGUUGAUGUUUGGAAAAAGCAAAGCUGUGUCAUAAAACUUUGAAAAUACGAUUUUGACAUGUUUCUUGAUGAUAACUUGUCAACCAACUAUCUUUUCCUUCAUCAUACUCUGUGUUUAAAAUCAAGUCUUUCCCAGUUAAAUACACUUUUGUGUCUUUCUGUCUUUUGUUGUUUACUUCUGUGUGUAUGUCUACUUGUUAAUCAUCUGUUUGUGUGGCCUCAUCUCCUCUAAUCAUCCCCCCCCCCCACAAUUAUUCCCCAGCACAUCCCUCCCCUAUCACAUCUCGGACUGUAAUUCAGCCUUACUUUAAUAUCACCAUCUGUCCGUGUGGAAUCCGUCUCUCUUCUCUCUGAUUUGAUGACUGAUCACUCACACCCACGUGGCUCUGACUGUAUAGUGUGGCAGUGGGAUCAGCGGCGGACAGCCACCUGAGAUAAUGAGAUGUGGAGGAGUGUUGUGACACAGCUGAAGCUCAUUAUCAUCAUCACAUGGAGACGUGUGUGUGUGUGUCUUGUGGCUGCAAAACCUGCAGCACCUCUGCAUGCUAAAAGUCCUGAUGCAUCCAAGCACACACAAACCUCCCUUGAGAUGUCAUGAGAUACACCUCUGGUCUAAUUUGCUGUGCUUUUUCUACACUCAGCCCCUGUGUGUGUGUAAUUCUCCCCUGGAUGAGUGGUACUGUAAGUCUCAUAGGGACCUUGAGAGAUGUGAUUUGACAGAUGUUCAUAUCUCUUCCUUCAUUACGUCACUCCAGCAGGUGGGGCAGAGAGUGUGAGUGUGUGUUUGGUAUGUUUGCCGCUGCUGCUACAUAUAUGUGGGGGUUGAGACAGAGAGAGUAGGCAAGAGAGAGGAUGUGUAUAUAGCACUCAUAUCAUUAUGGAGGCUUUUGCUGUCCAGAUGCAUUAAUAGCUCAACUCCUACUUUUAAAUCCUCUAAUGUAUUCUAAUGUACUCUAAUGUAUUCUGAUGCAGCGCAGUGUUUUAAUAGAGUUUUUGAUAGAGACAGCCUCCAGCAUGCACACACUAUAUCUCCCUGUUUCCUCUCUCUGUUUUUAAAUCUCAGUAUUUCAUCUGGUUUCAUUCUUCUCCCUGCAUUUUAUCUCACCUCUAAAGAUAUGACCAGGCUGUAUGCCCGUCUUUUAGCUGGGGACGCAGAAUAUUUGCUUUCACAGCAAUCAAAGAAAACAAAGAGAACCCUUUAGUGAUGCUCUCAUUAUUUAACCAUGAGCAGGCUUUUUAUAAUCCCCAGUCCUGUUUAGAGUUGGUCCACUUCGUGUAAAAAAUUAUUAGAGUAAGCAUUAUCUGGGUGGAAGAAAGAUUGCAGCACCACACAACGUCAUGCACACACACACACACGCACUCAUAAUUGCAGCCCAUUAUAAAACCUCUUAGGGUGUGAUCAUACCUCCGCGCUAACAUCAGUCCAGUUUGGCUGCAUUAAAGGUGCUGAAUGUGAGUUUCCAUAAGAGGUGGCGUGAUGAUAGACCCUUUCCUUUAAUACAUUCUUUUAAAUUUCAACAAUAUUUACAGAUUUAGUUAGGCAAAAAGAACUCUUUCUGCUGUGUCAUGGCUUUAAUAAGCUUUGGUAGCCUUUACAUGGUUGUGGUAAUGCUGUCAUAUAAAAGGACAUUGUUCCAUCUGUCAACAGAAGCUGGGAUUAUGAAAAGAGGAGGGAUUGGGCACUCUACCAGCUAAGACAGUCUUUAUAGUCUGGUUGAGUUCUGAGCAGGAUUCUGGCAGGGUUUAAUAAAAGUUUUGGUUUGCAUUUGCCUCCAGCUGCAAAACAAAAAUAAUUGUUAAUUAAAUAUCUGUGAAAUUAGCCUUAGAUAUUUCCUUGCUUUUCUGCAGGCCUGUGUGAUUUUGAGGAUACCAAGAUCUGUCCAACACAGCUUUGCAGUGCCCUGAUUUCCAGCAGCAGUAAAAUGUUUAAAACUGUCUUUUUUUUUUCUUGAAGACUUUGUUAGCUCCAUCAUGCCUGUCUUGAAAAUGUUCAUCCAAAUUGUUUAAUAGCCAUCCAAAUACAUCAGCUUUCUGCAUAAUAUCAGCCAUGGAACAUUGUUGGUGUUCAAUCAACAUUUCUGGAGUGCAGAUCUAAGUGUGACUGGCUCAAUUACUUUGUCUAAAAUCACCCCCUUUGUUUUCUGCCUGUCUUACAGCGCAUGUUUUCUACUGUUUCAGAGUCUGUCCAAAUCAAAAGUAUCAAGCAGUGUUACUCUGCUCUGAUUGCUUCAGCCUGGGAACGAAUGAUUUCCAAUCAUGCAAAUGACACCCACCUCAGUGAUGAACAUGUUUGAGCAUUGUACACAAGAAAGUUCUCCUUCACAUCAAAAUAUUGUUUUAUAUAUGAGGAGAUUUUAAUGUGACAUCAACUGCCUUCAAAAUUUCCUUCAGUUAAAACUGCAACAUUUCUUAUUAGCUUCAAAGAAUAACAUUAAGCAAAUGUGAACAGCAAAAGACAAACAGGACACUGACAUUAUUUUUCUGGUAACACCUCUCAUACGGCAUCGUAAGCACAUUAAGAAAACUUUGAAAUGCAUCUUUAAGGCUUUAUAAAAACCCGCGUGAGAAAUAAUAAGCACUUAUAUCAGCUUAUAGCAAUGUUAUUUGUUAUCAGCAGUAAGUAUUGUUUCGUAUAAAGGUGUGGUUUAUGAGGCAAUAUAUUAAAAAGAAAAACAACAUAUAAUUCUCUAAACUUACAACCAUAAAAUACUGCUGUUAUGAGGCGCGCAGAUGGCCAAGUGCGUUACCGUGCCCUAUGUAUGGGGACCAUGGUCCCCACAGCGGUUACGGGUUUGAGUCCGGCCCUGACCAUGUGCUGCAUGUCCUCCACCCUCUCUUUCUCUAUCUCCCCACAUUUCACCCUCUACUAUCAAUAACAGGCAAACUCACCCCCCAAAAAUACUUAAAAAAAUACUGGUGUUCCUAUAAUAGGAACAAAUAAUUGCGCAUAACCUCAUGCAGUGCUGUCACUUUAUAUUAACAUUGUUAUAAGCUGUUAUGAAUGCUUAUGAUCACUCUUAAUCGAUGCAUUUCCAAGGCUUUAUAAAUGUGCUUAUGAAGCAUUAAAAGAAGUGGGUUCAUAUAAAGUGUUACUGAAUGUCUAUUUAUCACGUACAGUAACUUUCUGCAUGCUGAAAUCCGAGAGAGCUGCACUCAGAAUGCCCCUAACUCAUAAACCCUUCUGCCAGUCUGAGGCACAAAACAUCUCAUUGAUGCAUAAAAAGAAAAACUCAUAUUUUUCACAUUGCUAAAUGCUAAUACAGGCACCAGUGAAGCACUGAAGGCGCUGAGUUCAGCAUUACAAAGUGCAAACUUGAGAGACUUCUGUUUCUGCUUGAAUAAACACAAGACUUGGUUUAUGCUACACAACACCUCAGUCAGUGAGAUAAAAACUGGUGAUCAAUCAAAACUGUUGGAAAUCUUUGCUGUUGGUAAAGUCAGUGAAAAAAAAUACUCCCCCAUUCACCAACCUGGGGAUCAGAAGUUAAAUAUUAAGAGUCAAAUCCAAACACCAAGGUGAGGAGGGAAAGAGACAAAAUCAAUCCUGCAACUCAUGACGAGGGAUGAAACAGUUAGAAAUGUUGAUGGUACAAUCACCGUCUGAGUAAUGAACACUGUUUUAUGAUGAUCACAAUUAUGUUUUCAAUAAUUUACUAUUACUAAUGUGUAAAGUAACAUUCAAAUCACAAUCAAUUCAAUCUCAUGGUGUUGUGCUGUAAGUGUAUACGCUACGGACUGUUACCAGUUAAUUUCACCUACAGUAUCAAGUAGGGAUGUCCCGAUCCAAUAUUGAUAUCAGAUAUCGGUCUGAUAUCAGCAAAAAAAAAAAAAGAAAUAUUUGAUUAUAUCGGUCUGCAUCUAAAAUCUCAGAUAUCAGCACUCCAAUACAAGCAGUCCAUUCCAGACUCUGCUCCAGCACCUCUAUCUAGCAGCACCCGGAUCCAGCAUGCAGGGCCCACGUGAUCACACAACAACAGUGUGCACUCAGGUUCUUACAAAGUAGCAAGGAUGUCAGCCAUGUGGCAGUAUCUUUUGUUGAAAAAGACGUUGAAGCUGAGUGCUAAACUUUCGUCAUCACACUGAGUGUCACCCAAACUAGUAUAUACACUCUAUGCUCUGAGCAGAACAUUAUCGCACUUAUCCUAUUGACCCGACAGACGAUGACGUUUCAAUGCAAUAAAGAAUAACCAAUCGGAGCCCAGCACUUCUAGCCAAUCAGAAGCGAAGGAGGGCGGGACCUUCCCUUAACAUCUUACAAAACAAAAGUCACGUACCGAGAGGACAGUAACAGCAGUUUACAGCCGGUACGCAAACUUUCUCCACUGCAGUGUAGGUAGACUAUAUUUGCUUACCGUGUUGCCGCACGUCAGUCUUCAGUCUGCAUUGUUGUAAUCCAAUAGGACCAUGCUGCUUGGCAGUGAGUCGUAUUUGCUUCCGCAAACAGACAAAUACCGGAAGUGAAAGCGCUCAGUGCGCACUUUUGAUUGGACGCUGGGGACCGCUUCCCGCCUUUGCGGAAGGUGGGAACUUUUAAAUAGACAGCUGCUUCAAUCUCAAUGCAGAAAUAAAACAAAAUGCAGGGGAAAGUUGAUUUUAUGUUCAAGAGAGAGAGAUGCAGCAGAGCAGAUGAUGUUACUGUGGCAUCAGAGCCGGCACCUCAUUAAACUUGGGUGUGCUCCUCUUGUACAAAGCCUACGGGUCAGGUACAGUACCUGCAAGAGCCUUAUCCUACUUUCACACCUAUUUAAGAAUAAUGCUGGCUUUUGUUUAAAUGUGAUAAAUGAUGUGGUACAGCUGGCCUUGUCUGUAGCAGUUGUGCCAAAACAUAAUAUACUGCCCCCCUCUACAGAAGUAGAAACAGUAGAAACGCUUAGUGAACAGUGGAGGCUUGAAGAUAAAGUAACUACACUGACUAUUUUUCUACACAACUUGUGCAAUUUGCUCCAUUUUUCAACACUGGAGGCUGUUGAGAAGAGACAAAAAAGGCCAAUAACCACUAGAUCACUUCAUAAAUAGAAAUGAAAUAUACACAAUAAUAUAUAUAUAUAUAUAUAUAUAUAUAUAUAUAUAUAUAUAUAUAUAUAUAUAUUUAAACCAUUUAGUUCAUUAGUUAAUGAACAUGUUUAAUAUUCACUGUUUCCCAUUUUCUAACCUGUUUCUCUAUAUUUUGGUUACAUCCUUGAGUAGUGGGCUGUUGGUUGAUAAUGUUCACUCUGUUCUGAUCUUAAAUGAUCAGCCUCCAAUCUGGAUGCAGUUCAACUUUUGACUUAACUCAUUCAUUGUGUAUCAUUGAGAAACACUGCUGUAAUAAGGGCAGAAACGAUUACUGCAUAGAGCUUAAAAAAGGUAUUUUUAUCCUGGUCACAUGUCCGCAGUUUUCCUCCUGUAACUUGCAGUGGAGCCACAAAUCUGACCAAACAGGAGCGGACACAUAAACUCAGUCAUCCUGGCCCCUGAGCAACCUGGACCACACAUCACUCCUCACCUGCCGCUCUCCUCCCAAACCUCUUUACACGCUGCAUUGUGGAUGACCUGCAACUGUGAUAAGGGCUGACUUUUGAAGGUCAGGGAGGACUGAUAGCUUUAUGUUGUGUUUUUUUUUUAUAUAUAUAUAUAUCAGUGGACAGAUGCUGAGCCUGGAGGAUGGAACAUCCUCUGGUGGUGGGCAGGAAGUGGAGGGGACGAAGAGAGAGGGGCCCAGCGAGUAUGAAAUCAGCCUGGAGAAUAAAAACAAACAGGUGAGGCCUGUUAUUUUUUUAAAGUAUGUGUGUUUCUGUGUGUUUGUGUGGGCCUGUAAGCAUAUGGUGGGGUGGAGCUGAAGCUGCCUCCUCCACCUGUUAAAGCAUGAGGAGGUGUGUGUGUGAAGCUCUGACAUUGUGUCUUAUAUGACAAAAAAAACCCCAUUCAGAUCUAUUUAUGUCUGUGUUGACAUGAACAAAAACACCAGCGAUUCCACUGCCACGGCGACAAAAACGCAAAAGAUGCUAGGUUGUCAUGGUAACAGCUAAUAACUGCUUCUGGCGGCUGGAGAUGUCUUUAUUUCUCAAACCAAACUGCUGAAGGGUCUGCGGAUGGUACUGCCUCUGAUGCUGCAGUGCAAGUGUGUGUACAAAAGUGUGUCUUUUUGUGUCUUUGAGUGUGUUUGUGAGCAGACACGCACACACACACACACACACACACACACACACACACACCCAGGGACAUGUGUGCCUGUCCUCCUUUCUCUCCCUCUCUGUCUCUUCUUCCCCUGCCUCCCACUCCCCCUGCUCCUCCUCUUUUUCCUCUGCUCUCUUUUGCUGGAUAUAUGGAGGGUGAAGAUUCUGGUGGAAGCUCAGCGUUUUGGGCCAGGAAACAUAAUAGAAACCAGCUUGUGCAGGUGUUCCUAUUUUGGUUCAUUUUCUCAGCAGCACCUUUGUCACAGCCCAUCCAUCCUGUGUCCCAUGGCCCUUCAGACAGCAUUAGGCUUUGAAUGAUGAUAGACGAUGUUUACUUUGGCUCCCAAACCAUAAACCUUUGCCAGUUUUAAACAAAUGGACACAAGAGGGAGAAAAAAACGCAGAUAAAAGUGAGGAUAGGAGACUUUAUUUCAUGAGUACGAAACUGCAAUAUGUUGUUAGCUUGCAGAAGGAUGAAUAAAUAUUUUCUGUUGCUGCUGUGUGCUUUGCAAUAUCACUCUCACAGUGUCAUCAGUGAGUUACACAGAGCCUCGUAAACAUGUUUGAUAUUUAGACUCACUCCCCCUCACUUUCGCCUCCUGUCCCCAGAUAGAAGAGCUGGAGCAAAAGUACGGGGGCCAUCUCAUAGCACGGAGGGCAGCUCGACGUAUCCAGACGGCCUUCCGACAGUACCAGCUCAGCAAAAACUUCCAAAAGAUCCGUAACUCUCUGUCAGAGAGCAAAUUGCCCCGCAGGAUCUCUUUGCGCCAUCCCAGCCCUUCGGGACGGAACAGGAACGCGGCCCAGAGACACAGUUACACUCUACACCCAGGAACUGGACAGAUACCUUUACGCUCCAAAACUCCUCCACCGCCCCCUUGUCGCUCCACCUCUCUGCCUCCUUCUCCUGCUUCUGCCCCCACAGCUGCUCCCGCUCCGGCCCCUGGCCCAGCUCCACCUCAAACCCCCUCACAGACUCUCACACAGCUCGAGGACUGCUUCUCUGAACAGGUGAGCGCUCUGAUUUCUUGCAAUAGCCUACAUAAGCGUACUGUUGGCCAUGUGAAAUAAUUCAGGGGAUAAAAAAACAAGAGAGACACUUUUAUAGAUAUAUUUCAGAAUUCUCAAGCAGCAUGUUCCUCGGAUUGGCAGUGUUUGUCAGUCAACAUCCAAACAACUUCUGAAGGCUCAAACAAGCCAAAUAUAUACUGUAUAUCUCUUUAGAGCUUGAUGAUAUAUGCAGAGAACCAUUUUGCAAAUUUUUAACAUUUAUUUGAUGGAUUUGCCAUCAUUUAGACACGCAUGCUGUCAAGAAAUCUUCAAAACAAACAGAGAUUCAUCGACUUUCCUCCAACACCAGCAGCAGGCCAAAACCAAUCGAAAGCUCAUCAAUGAUUGUUAAAGGAUUAUACAGACUCUGGAAGCUACAACAGCCUUUUGAGGAUUCUUGGCCAGCUAGCAGAUGAAGACUUUUCUAUGUAUUGCCACUGUUUACAGUUCGACAUGUGACCGCAAAAGCAAGAAUGUAGUAGGAGUUGAGAAACAAGGCACUGUUAACAGGAGUCACAUAUGGAUGUCUUUUUUUUUCUUUUGAGAGUUCAAUACAUAAAACUUCAUCCUACUCAUCAGGAUAGUCAGUGCUGUCUCUUUUUCUCUUUAAAUGAGAGGUUUUCUUGUGUGCAGACAGACACUCAAGUGGACGACACUACUUAGACUAUAAAAGGAAAUCAGAACAUGUUCCACAACAAACAUUGUGUCUCCUGCCCACAGAUCCUGUACUUAAGCAGACUGUGAUUCUAGCGAUCCAAAAAUGUCCAGUCCUACUACCAUCAGAACUAAAAUAACUUACUCAGUCUCCUAUCAACAUUAUAUCAUACAAAACAGCUUUACAUGUACUAGCCUUGAAAGACACUUUCAUCUAAAUGUCAAGGGCCACUUAGCAGGCAGGAGCCAUCACUGUUUGUCUUUCUCCUCUAAUUUUGCACAUGGCCAUUAAUCAGCGACUCCUCUGAUAUCAUAGACUUUAACCCCCAUGAAUCAUGUCACUUGACCUGAUUAAAUAAUUUCCUUUCAACUGUUUCCUAAUAAUCAUAUUUUAGCUUCACUCCUUGGCCCAGUCAAUUGAUGAGGCUCUGCGCGGUUGGAGCUUGUCAGAGAGCGGAGAGGGGAAGGGGCUUCUGAUGGACCCGGGGGCGCUUCGCGCAGCUGCUGAGAGUGCUUGCCUGCCCCGCAGUGCCAGCUCGCUGCUCAUGGCCUUCAGGGACGUCACUGUUCACAUCGACAGCAAUAGCUCUUACACCAUCUCUUCCGCCACCACCACAACCACCACCUCACUGGGCAAUGUUGGCGGGGGUCAGCCUGGCAGCAGGAAGACUUCUGUUAGCGGGAUGGGAGUUGGAGGGGACGGCCUGUCGUCUGAGGAGCCAGAGUUUCCUGCACCGCCACCCAGUGAAGAACUGGAAAUGGCUGAUCCGGGAUCCAGGAGGGGUUCAGCAGUGCCGGUUCCAGGAAUAGGGGUAGGAGGAUUCGAGGGGGAGAGCGGCUUGGACAGACUGGGCUCCACCUCCACAUCAACCUCUACCUCCACCUCUAUUUCCACCUCAGUCCAGUCUAACCAGCAGCCUGCUCAGAUAUACACCCAGUACCAGCAGUAUAAUUACACUCAUCCUCAGCAGGUCCCUGGGGGGCCUAGCCCUGAGGCCCUGCAGGCCCUGGUAGUGUCUCUGCCAAGGGACCGCUGCCAGGAUCCAGCCUCCUGUAGAUCUCCAACAUUGUCCACUGACACACACCGCAAACGCCUGUACCGCAUUGGACUCAACCUAUUUAAUGUGUAAGUCACACACACACACACACACAUACACACACACACACACACACACACACACACACACACACACACACACACACACACACACACACACACACACACAAAUGUCCCCUGUUAGCUAUGCGGUCCCCUCUUGGUAGAAGUGUUACGACACCAAAUUCCCCUCUCGGAUAGGUAGGAAACUGCGCGCGCACACACACACACACACACACACACACACACACACACACACACACAAAAAGAAACUCACAGAGAAAAGCAGAAUGUUUCGGCACCCUCUGGCUCAGGGUGGUUCAAAGUACCCUUAAUUCUGUUUCUGUCAAACAAAUCUCCAAAAGGCCGGCAAAAGUGCUGUAAGCAGCUGCUCAUUAGUGUUUGUAAUUGUUGGGAGGAGCUGUCUCUUCAGUGCCAUCUUGUGAUGUCAAUGAAGAGAACGAUGGGCGGUGGGACGAAGAAAGGAUGUGUGAGCGAGGUAGAAAAGAGGGAAAAUGCAGCUGAAGAGAGAGGGAGCCAAGGAGGUCAUGAACAAAGAGCCUCUCAGUGUCUAUAAAUAGACUCCACAGUUCGAGUGCACUUAUGACUAGUUAAUACAAAUUAAAGUAAAUUAAGUCUUAUGCACCAGUGACAGCAGGGCUGAUCCUGAGGUCUGAGGCUAACAGCUUUUGCACAUGGAUGCACCCUUCCUGUCUCUUUGUGCUUCCUUAUACACUCCCUCAUGUUAACAUUGUCCAUCUUCUUUAACAUGUCGUAACGUUUGCUUUCUCAGGCCCACACACCUCUACGCUUCGACGCUCAAAAAAACAACACAUGCUCGCUUCUUAACCCUUUAACACUUUCUGCUUUUCUGCUCUCCUGUAGGAAUCCAGAGAGAGGUAUCCAUUUCCUGAUCACGCGUGGCUUUGUCCCCGACACGGCCAUCGGAGUGGCUCACUUCCUGCUGCAGAGGAAAGGGUUGAGCAGACAGAUGAUUGGAGAGUUUUUGGGAAACAGCAAGUUGCAGUUCAACAGAGACGUCCUCGAGUGAGUGCGAAGGAUUUAUAAUUGGUGACAUGAGCAUUACAUUUUAUAAUUUAACAAACAAAAGUACACUAAAUUGUUAUUUUUCUGAAAUCAGAUUGUGAUAGACUUCUUCGGGAAAAGUUGCCACUUUCUGAUAGGGAUCUGCUGUUAGUGCAAAAGCAUACACACUGUCUCUGUUUCAUACAUGUAUGCAUGAAACUACUAUUGUGUGCGACAAUAUGCACACUGCAACAUGCCAACCUGCCCUCAUGCUCGAGUUUUCCACAGUGUUGACUGGGCUGCAGUCAGUUGCCACUCAUUUCUCCAGCACUGUAGUUACUUUCAUUUGCUCAGCUCACAGGAGUUAGCUUAAACUCGAGCACUUUAGUGAUAUUUUAAUUCCACUUGACACAAAGUGCAUAUCAUUUUUGACUUGUCAACUCAGCUGUCAGGCAGUCUUUCAAGUUAAAUGUGCCUUUCAAUAGUGCAAUAGUUUAGUUCAUAUUCAUCCCAGUGGCAGCAGGAGCAGCAGCUUUACUAUGGCAAGAAAACGUUUGUAAAAUAACACAUUAGUUUGGGACCUUUAGCACAUUAGAUGUCAAAGGUUAAUGCUGGCGGCCCCAGCUGGGACGUUCUGGUGUGACAGGGUUAAUUAGAAACUCACCGGACUGAUAUUUUGAUCUUUAGGGUUAGGGUUAGGAUACAAGAGGUGCAGAAUAAUUGGGCCAAAAUAUGUGACAUUAAAAUUUUAUGGUAUCAACUAAUGACUUAUCAACUGUGUAAUCCAAGAUGUUUGAUAACAAUCAAUCAAUCAAUCAAUCAAUCAGUCUUUAUUUGUAUAGCACUUUUCAUAUAAAAAUGAUGUAUCACAAGGUGCUUUACAAAGCAGAGGAAUAAAAGAAACAAAGAAAACCCUAAUCUACCCCAACCCAACCCCUCAUUCCCACCCCGCAAUCCAAGCACAAUAGAAACGUGUAUUAAAAUGCAUGAACUUAAAAAGGGCUCGAUUUCAUAUAAACAGGAGUGUGCGCACCGAGGAAACGCAGUUUUAAAAUUCAAGAUAAGGAAACACUGGAGGUUUAAAAUCUGAAAACAAAGUAACAUAGAAUGAAAUUGAAGAAAUAAUAAAUAAAAUGAAUUAAAACAACAGUAAAAGAUACUAAAAUAAGAGAACCAAAAUAGCUCAAUAAAAGAUGAUCCUUUCAUUGAAACUAGAACAGAUAAAUGCUAAAACACCUAAACAAAGUUAAUGAUAUAAAAUUUAGUUAAAAGCGAGAUUAAAAAGGUAUGUUUUCAGUUUGCUUUUAAAAACAUUACGAUCAGGUGCAACAAAGUGAGAAACUUAUAAAUUUAAAGUGCUACAUUUAGAAGCUGUUCUGGAGAUUUCCACCAUAUCAAACUCUCAUCGUCAUCAAACCAAGUUUGAUCGAUUAUUACUGAAGUUCCCUCACUCCACCUCAGUUUGCAGCAUGGUUGUUGUUUUGUUGGAUGUUGUGUUUCGUUUGUAGUUGUGAUGUUUAGUCAGGUUGUUGGAUGGUAUUGUUUGUUUGCUCUUAUGCUGCGCUUUGUGAUACAGAUAAUAAGAGGGGUUAAAUGUGAAUCUACAUUUGUUAAACUCUGUCUUUCAUGAAGUGAAGCUUACAAAAAUACCCACAGAACUAGAUAUGAAAACCUGACAUGAAUUAAUGACUCACACACUCACAGACAGAAAGUCAUAUGACAUGCAGCGCUUGCAUGCAUAAAUGCAACACAACCAUGAAAACACGCAUUUUCUUAAUGCUUCCACACUCACCCUUUUUGCGUCAAUCCAGCGUAGACAGAGAUCCAGGAUAGAGAGGCUUUUUUGCUGAGGUUGUUGCAGAGACUGUAGAAAUAGGUCACUGCACUGAGCAUGCACACGCACGCACACAGACAUACACACAUGUAUGGUACAAGCGCACACUCUCAUUUCUUUGCAAUCAGACACACAGAUAGAAAUACAAGUGCGAAUAGUAAAUGCACACGCACAAUCUUGCACAUGUACUUCUUUCAUUGCUACAGCCUGUCCUCAGCCUUUCAUGUACAUCUUUCACUUGCACCCCCAUCCCACACACACACCAACCCACACACACUAUGCAUGUCAUCAUUUGGCCUCCUCAUCCUGCUCUUUCCUUCCCUCUUAUCUCCCACUGUUGUCAGACCCUAUCCUCUCCACCAGUGUUUGCAAAGUGUGUACGUGUGUGUGCGGGUGUGCAUACAUGUCGUUUCUAUGUGGAUCUUCCAGGUCAGUGCUUCUAAUUGAAGUAUGACUGUAAAAGGAAGAUUUGCCAUCAGCACAUCAGCACUCAUACUUAGUUACACAUGCACAAAAAACCCACUCUUGCACACGCUCACGCACUCACCUUCUCAUUAGAGUGACACUGUACGACUCAACCCUCUCACUCAACCUUUCUUUUUUUCUCUCUUUCUCUCUCGCCCUCUCUCUCUCUCUCUGUCUUGUCCCUUUUUAGCUGUGUUGUGGACGAGAUGGAUUUCUCAGGCAUGGAGCUUGACGAAGCCCUGAGAAAGUUCCAGGCUCAUGUUCGUGUUCAGGGGGAAGCACAGAAAGUGGAGAGACUUAUCGAAGCCUUUAGGUGAGACUGUCAACUCGCUCAAAAGUCAGCCGCACAAACAAGCACUGACUUUACUUUUCAACACAGUUCACACAGCAUUUGUCCAUGUCAUGAAAAUCCAAGGCUGAUAAAGGCCCCUUAAAACAAAAACACCUUAAUAAAAUAGAAAAAGAAACCACUGAUAUUUUUUUAAACCAGUAGCAAAACACUGCUGAUUUCACAGCUUGCUAUGUUGUGGACAUAAAAGUAACCAGAACAGCUUGAGUGUAUAGACAGUGUGUGUUUUUUUUUCUUCCUGCAAGCCCACUGCAGCAUGCCCUGAUGAAUCCAAAGCCUUGUAUCAUUAACAGAUUGCACUGAUUGCCUGUAACCUUUGACUAAACUCAGCAGUAUUUGAUUGUCAGCCAAUCACAAUGGAGACCUGAGCUGCAGGCAAUCAGUGUGGGUUCCAUGGGGACAGAAAUAGAUGCACUAUUUAAUAACUUUCUCCCUUGGAUGACACUUUCCAUCCAGAUCUCAAGGCUAUAUCACUGUUUGUAUGUGCCUGGCAGUUUUGUGUUUCAUUUCCAUCCAAAAUCACAUAUUAAUAUGUAAAAGUGAAUGUUUUCUACUCAGAAGGGUUUUAGCCUGAGUCAGUUUUCUGCUUAUUUUGUCGGUGCUGGCUCCUGCCCUCUGGUCACUAAAUUUAUGAGCGUAUCUGCUGGGGGAGGCUCAUUUAAAUACCAGGGGGGAUGCUGAGAGACCUACCAUAGCUUGCACAAUGUCUUUGUGCCUUUUGGGAGACUGUCUAGCUUUUUUCCUCUAACAAACUCUUGGACCAAACAAGGUUUUCAUUAUGCUAUUUGACUGCCUGGAAAAAAAAAGGCAAAAUAAAAGACAGAAGUGACCAGAUAAACAAGAGCUGCCCUUUCCCCUGGCUGGUGGAGUCCUUGAGAUGUCCUGGUAAUAUCCAAAGAUUGCUCCCAGGGCUGGAAAUGCAAUAAAAGUAGCCAUCAUUGUUUUCUAUUUCAGAAUAAUUGGUUGAAUCAUAGUGUACAUUUAAUCUCCCUCUGCCCAUAUGCUCCUCUUUCCCUCAGGAUUACCAACAAUGUCACCAACGAGACAUGAGUUCAGCCACUGCCUGUUUGAAUUCAUUAACCAGACUGCCCCUCUGAAUUACACCGGAUUGCUAUAAAAAUUCAGCGUUACGGGAGGAGGGGAACCACAGCAAAUGUUCUGCAUUUUAACUAUCGCCUGAUACCUUUUCACAUCACACCCGUGUAAUUCCUGUUAGGAAGGAAGGUGAUGUGUCUGUUUAAAUUUUGGUGAUUUAUGCUCUUAUGAGAGUUCGUCAUUAAUUAUGAAACAAACAGAAACAGUGAUACUUUUUAUGACCCACAAGGCAAACUGGACCAUUAGCAAGAAAAAAAAAAAGAAGAGAAAAAGGCAAUUUCUAUUUUGUACUUUUUAAUGUCUAUCCCUGCCUCAAGAGAGUAGUUCAAGGCAGUUUUGGUACAAUGACAAGAAACCCUUUUCAUCCUUUCUUUCUCAGCAAAUAGUCAUGAUGAGUGUUGCCUUCAACUGUUCAAAGAAAGCAUGAUGAUACUUUUCUUGUCAGAAAAUGUACAGGUCUGGACAGCAAAGGUAUAUAAGGUAUUUGAUCACAGGGGGCACCAAAAUGAAAAGUUCCUGAAAGGUGUUUUAAGUUAAAAACAGCAACAUAUGAUUUCUCUCUAAUUGAUAGGUCCAUUUGGGGGGUCUAAACCACUAGCCGACCUUACAAAAGUCAACAUCAUGGCAAACAGAAGCAUGAUUAAGCACUUGGAGUGACAUCUAACAGUGACAGUAAGAUUUGGAAACAUUAAAGCUCCUGUGUGGAGUUUUUUAACAUGUAAAAACUACUGCCAAAUUCAUACUGAAGUGGAUUUACAAUGUGAAAAAGCAAACAAGACUAUCAGCGACAAGACUGACAAUUUUUAUUUUGUUAUUUUCAACACCUAAAAUUGGUGUGAGAGGUAAGGAGCUGCUAAAAUAUAGAGCCCCCUAUUUACAUUUUUCAUAUGAAAUAUUCAUGAAAAAAAAUGAUGCAUGUGACCAUUAAAAGUCAUCAGGAUGAGAUUUAUUGUUAGAAGACAAUAAAUGCAAAGACUCAUUGUCCACAGGGGGCGCCAAAAUUGGUACAAACUGACAGUUCGUCACAGCUUUUGUUAACAAAGUAAGUCAGAACACAAAGUUUGGCAGAGGCUGGAAAAUACAUGAUUUAUCAGUCUGGUCAACUGUGCUGAAUCUUGGCUUAGAAUUGACACAAUUUGAGCCACCAGUUAGUUUAGCUUAAUGCUUCAUUAUUGUUUAUUGUUUCAACAGCUCUUAUUUUGAAAAUUGCAUCCAUGGUUUUCGAAUCUCUGUUUUUGAAGGAGUUGUUAGUACAUACAGAAAGGACAAUUUAUCCAUCCUGGACUGGUGUUUAUAUUUAUGUAACUGUUUCUUUGAUGAUACUUGAAAGCAUCAGCAGAGGCUAAGAAUACACUCCAUGUUUACUGUUCAUCUUAAUGGAGAAGCAGAAACUAAGAACUGUGUUUUAGUCCCAAUGAUAUAUUGAGGAUAUGUGAUUAUUACUUGUUUGAAGGUCCACUUUUCUGUUGUUUUUGGUCUUCGUGUUGGAUAUGGGGACAGUAUGAGAAAGUAUGGACUAUAAUCAGUCCUGUCCAUUAAGGAAAUUGGUACUUGCUGAAAGCCAGAAGUGGUAAGGUAUGAGAGGAGAAGAGCAGUCGGGACACUUCCCCUCUCUUCCUCUGAUUUGAGGACCAAUCAGGACACCCACUGCUGUCAUCAGUUAAUCUCAUCGCACUCAAUCAUACGUGCUGAGCCCCUGGGUGCAGAUUACAAAUUCAUCAGUGAUCCCAGACCACACUUUCUGCAGCCGUGGCUGUGAGUAUAGGUCAGAAACAUGCCGGUUUUAUCAGGACAACCAGACAUCCGAUGCCACAGCUGUUAUGUAACAGUAGUUAUGUCAUCUUUGUGAAGCAUGUUGUACUCUUGUUGUGAGUAGUUCUUUUAUAUGAAGCGGUGUUUGUGCCAGCUGGCACGCAUGUCAUAUAUGCAGAUAUGAAGAUAAGAGAGCGCGAGCUUGUGUUUAAAUAAAGUGGUUACAUAAGACAGAGAUCCACGCCUGAAAGUGUGAAUGAAGCGCACGCACACUCACACAACCACAGCUUUAUUUAUUCACUUAGAUGUGUGCACACCAUGAGCAUAUGCAUUCCCACGUAUGCACUCACAUAUCCAUGCAUAUGUCCAUUUGCAUACUUACACACUUGCACAUACAGUAGAUCAUGCCUUACUUUUAAUCUUUAAUGAAUUUGUAGCAGAAUUACAUCAAGUUGGCAAAUCAGGGGACUCAUCUGUGCCUCAGCUUGUCCCCAGUAUGUAUGUGGAUGUGCAUACUAUAUCUGCAGCAGCAAUUGUGCAGAACUGGAUCUAUUCUCCCUCGAACAAAGGAGUUACUGAACCGGGCUGUUGUCGAUUGAUUUCCUCAAAGCACUCUGGCCUUAAAUCUUGUGUGUGGUCUGAGAAAAGGCUUUCUGGUUGCGCAGGUCUCAGAUGUGGCCUCUUGCUCACAUAUGCGCUGAAGUGCGUAGUCCUCUGGAGCAGAGCAGCCUCCUCUAUGUCUGCAUCCUGCCUGGCUGCAGAGAUAAAAGCCUCUCACUGCUGAAAUGGCUCACUGUGUAAGUGUAAGUGACAGUGGGAGAGAUAGGGAAGGAGCUGUAGGGGUAGCUGUAGGAGGGAUGGAAGUUAGUGAAGCCCGUGGGUUAGCCUGGAAGAAAGAAAGCAGGUCCAAACGUAGCCAGCCCAUUCUUUGCCAAGCAAGGCCAGAACCUUUAGAUGUCACUUAGGUCCUGUCUUUUUCAGAUGUUUGAAUGCAUUAGAUAAGAUUAUACAUUUCUGUAGAGUGCAUGCUAAUAUAACAGCUCCCAAAUCACUCUGAAUUUAUCCAUCUCACAGCAGGAAUACAACUUUUAAAGGCUAUCCUUGAAAUUGCUGUCAUAACUUCAGCAGUUUGUUUGUGCCCAACUGCAACCUAAAGAUUUUCUCUAAGCUUACAGCUGGCAAUUUGAAACACAAGAUAUUUUGAGCUGAGAGGAAAUAGUAGGAUUUGAAGUUGCUUUGGGGAACAAUGAAGUCAGAGAGUGAGUCAUUAAGGUUGCGCUCUGUGAGCCUAAAUACACUGUGGUCUUCCCAAGUUUCAUCUUUCUACAUUAAUUGUUAUUGUGGGAAAAAUAUUAAAAACACCAACCAUGCAUUAAGGAACUCAAUUCAUCAGUUGCAUGAAUAGAAUCCUCCAAAAUGACCAUAAAGUUGAAUCCAAGCAUCCCGAAAGCUGUUGAAAAGAGUCGAGCUUGAAAAACCUUCAUACAUUUAUCAUCUAUUUUAGGAAUAUUAGAUUAAUUAGUGCAUUAGUUUUGCUGAACAUUCUCAAAUUUCAUAGCAAUGUAUUUUGGUAUUUCAUGGUGUAUUUGUGGUAAUAAGUGUUUGUGUGUAUUAUCCGCUCAGAAGCUGUAACACUCGAGGACAAACCUUUUCAUAAAAAUUCAGAUAUAAGAAAUAAAUUUAAAUGAUUUUUUUUUGUUUGCUGGUCAAAACAAAAAUGUAAAUAGUAAGCUCUUCGGCACACCCUUCUUUUUCAUAUUUUGUCCUUGUUUAAGCACAUCAGAUAAGACCUGCAGUGGGAUUAAGAUGGUAUUUGGAUAGCAAGAUUAAUGGUAUAAGAGUCUCCUUGUUGUGUCCCCGACUGUGGAAGCUACUAUGGUCAAAGAGUCAGAGCGUUGUUACCUGUUAGAACUAAACAGAAAAGGUUUUGUACUCAGUGAAUGAUAUUUCUCUAUCUGUCUAUUUCUUCUCCACAGCCAGAGGUAUUGUAUGUGUAACCCUGAUGUGGUGCAGCAAUUUCACAACCCAGACACCAUCUUCAUCCUGGCCUUCGCUGUUGUCCUCCUCAACACUGACAUGUACUCGCCCAACAUCAAACCACAGCGCAAAAUGGGGCUCGAUGACUUCAUACGAAACCUAAGAGGUCAGUGUGUCCACAUACAGUACAGAAGGCAGUUUAUAAAUAUGUGACUGUAAAGAGGCAGGAUAGAGCUGGUUUCAUGUGAUGCAUGAUUAAGCAUUUCUUCUCUGAGCGGUGAAUUUUAGCAUUGAUUGAGUAUAGCUCACGUAUAUUUUAGACUUUCACUGCAGAUACAGGGGUGGUAAAUUAAAGAGAUAUGCACAAAGGCGAAGGUAGACAGAAAAGAGAGUAGAGGGCAAAGAAAGUCAAAGUUUUACAACAAGCACUCUCUUAUCAGCGUCACUAUCAGUCUUUUGAGUGACAGCUUCUUGAAGUGAAGUAAAUUACUCAAAGAAGUGGCGGGCGCCUGCCUCUCCUCGCUACCAUCAAGGAAACCAUCAGCUGUGCAGGACGAGAUUUCUGAUAUCCUUGACUCACAUCUCUGCCCCCGAGAAUGCGGCUUCGACCCAUUUAAUUGAGACUCACUUAAGGUUAGAUUUGACGAUAUGAGCUUGAGUUUGUGGAAGCUUUUUAUCCCACUCUCUCGGCUCUCCAUCUCCACCUGGCAAAUUCAUACACCUACUGAUCAGAGCAGUUUUAAUAGGGUAGUUCAGUGUUUCUAAGGUCAAGCUGUAAGAGCUACAUAUCACUGGUAUGUGUUCUGGCUACUCUGUACAUGGAUGCUGCUCAGCUCUUCCUCUUCAAUGAGACUCUGAUGGGGAAACAAUAUGCAAGCUAUACCACAGUUUUCAGAUAGGGUGUCUUUAAAAACAUAAGAAAUACUUUAUCUAACAAAGAAUUACAUUCUGCGUAUUUCCAUCCAACAUUUGUUUGAAUAAAGAGACUGUUACAAUCUAAGAGGGAUAUGUGUGAUUGAAACCAUUUUAAAUAUAGAUGUGUUUGAGUUUCUGGAGUUCAGCUGUGGAAUAAUAAUAAGAUGAAGUUUGGCAGGUUAAUCGGGAGUUUCAGAAGAGCCUUAAACUUUCAAAUGAUCAAUGAUUACACAUAAAGGAGUGAGAAUUGACAAAUAUAAUUCAGAGAAAAUCUGUAUUUGUUGUGAUUAUCAUUAUUACUGUUGGAGUGCUGAUGUUCUGGCUCAUGCUGCAGAUUGUAUGAGCUUUAGUCUAUUUCUUAUUUGAGCUCUUGAUGGUAGGAAUUUUAUUGUGUGAAAUGGACAAGUAUGAACAUGUGAAAUGAUGUUCUUGUAUUUUUCAAACUGAAUUCUCACACAACAGAUAUUUUUCUCUUUUAUAUCAAGGACUAAAAAUAAAUACUUUUCAUUCAUUUUUAGAUGUACAUGCUACAGAUUUUAAAAUGUGUUGCUCUAAAGUUAUAGGAACAAUAAAAGGAACAAAAGACCAGUAAAGACAAUAAUCAUUUUACUUCAAGUACAGAUAACUUCAUUUGAAAUGCUCACCUGGAAUAAAACAAAUAUUUAGCUACAAAUAUUUCUGUCCUGUCUUGAGGUGAACUGCAAACUGUGUAGGCCAUGAUGACGUUCAUGCACAGUAAAUAGAAUGAACACCAGGACAUCUGUGUAAUACAUAAAAUAAAAAAAACACAACAGCAGCAUCAUACUGGAAUAGAGUGUAUUUUGUGAUUACAGCAGCAGAUCCUCAUAAAACCCAUUUAGGGAUUAUAACCCCCAAAUUUAGUUGAAGCUCAUUAAAAUGUUUCCUUCUGAUUACAUUUCACUGGAUUGUUGUGUAUCUUACCAAGCUUCCACAGACUAAAAUGAUCCCAUUCACAGUCUUUAUGAUAAGUUUGUUUUGAUUCUUUAUCAACCAAGCUAAUUUAACAAUAAUGCACCAGCAACAGUUUAAACUUUGUGUUUGAAAAAUUACAGACUGACACUUCUUUACAUAAACGAAUCUGUCAUCUCCUCUGUAGCCUAAACUGCACAUGUGCAGUGGCAAAAUGUUUAUGAAGAUAGGCAGAAAACUACCAGGAGUGUUGCUAACAAUGUGUCUAUAAUGUCAAGCUUUUAUGAUUCUCCAGCUUACCUUGAAAGUGACUUCUGCACUCUGAUGGCUCUUUGUUUCCUCAGGUGUGGAUGAUGGAGCAGACAUCCCCAGAGAGAUGGUCGCGGGCAUUUAUGAAAGAAUCCAACAAAGGGAGCUACGGUCCAAUGAAGACCAUGUGACCUAUGUGAGCCGGGUGGAGCAGUCCAUCCUGGGCCUGAAAACUGUGGGUGAAACUUUAUUUGCACCAUGUCUUUUCCCUCUUUCCUGAUUCACAGCUUUCUGUUCUUAUAUAUGUCAACUUCUUUCUCUCGUUUGAAGUAUUAUCUGCUGUUGACACUAUCCAUCAUCUCCACUCUGUCACUUCAACCGAACUUCUGUAGAUACUUGCCGUGCCGCACAGACGUCUGGUGUGCUGCUGCCGUCUCUUUGAGGUGCCUGAUGCCAACAAGCCUCACAAACAGAAACUGUCCCAGCUGCAGAGAGAGGUCUUCCUCUUCAAUGACCUGUUGCUGGUGAGACCUCCACUCUGCUCCCCUUUUAAUACUCUUAACUUGCACCUGAAGCCACCCACAGUUUUAAUAACAUAGAGCAAAAAUGAUGAAUGUAACAGCCUGACAUAAUCAGAUAGAUGUUGUAUCAGUCAUGUGCGUCUCUUCUGCAGGUCCUUAAGCUGUGUCCUAAGAAGAAAAGCUCAGCCUCAUACACCUUCUGUAAAGCUAUGGGUCUACUGGGAAUGCAGUUUCACCUCUUCAGCAAUGAAUGUAAGAAGCUUUUUUUAUUGCAGCAAUUCACACUCAAUACACAUCCAACCUAAAGCAGCAAAAUGCUGAGUUUGUUAUGAGAGCCAUCAGCAGCACUGCCAUGUUUCAAGUCUCGGUCAAGACUCGGGGGAUAACAGGCGUUCACUAAUAAAACAAAACUGCUUGCAUGGCUAGUUUGGGUAUACUUUUAAAGAGUAUUUAUUGAGUAUUCAAGAUUUUACUGUCUGUAAAAGAGUUUUAGAUGAACUGAACCGGGGCUGUGGCGUUACACUGGUAUUGAUUAAAACUGAUGUUGAAGAUGAAUUGCGAAUCCAAAAAUAACGUUGCUGCUUGUGCUUGGGUGACUUAUGAAAUGAACAUUUUUACCUCCCAACCAUCCCGCUUUGACUGUUUUCAAUGAGUUUUGAAACUUACUGUCUGCCUGAUGAAGUUAGGUGCUGUUCUGAGCAUUAUUUGUGGCUAUAGAGUGGCUUUUUGGUUGAGGUUUGUGUGUGACUCCUCAGACUGCUGUGUACUGUUAUCCUGCAGUCGUUACUAAAGUUGAUAUAACUAGAGAAGCAAGCAGUCGACAACAUUCAUCUCUCGAGGGGGUGUCUAACUCGGUGUUACAGUGUGUUUGACCCAAAAUUAAUUUUAUAUCCCUUUAAGUUCCAUACUUCAAAACAAAAACAUAGUUUGAUACUGCAGGAAAUAAAGCGACCUAAACACAGGGCAGAAAGAUAUCAAAAUAAAAGCACAACACAAUCAUUUAAUGAGGCAAUUUCAAUUAUUAUAGAAGUUUACUACAAAGUUUUUAUACACUAGUUGGACCAGUUGUUAUGAAAGAAAGACCCAGACAGAAUGGUACCAGAAAGUUGUUUUCUGUAAUGCAAACAUCUCAUGCAUCCCAGAGUGAGAUGUCAAACUAUUAAAAAUGUGACAUUUCAAAAGCAAAAUUAACAAUGUGGCUUUUUAAUUAUAGAUUAAUUAUAGUCAAACAAAGCAAUAAACAAACAACCAUUAAUUAUUAAGGGAAAUGUAAAGACAUCCACUCAUGGACUGUGGGAAAAUAAUUAGGAAGAGAGGGCAAUUGAUUAUGGUUAUUGGGUUUUAUAGGAAAAUCCUGUUCUGCUGUCUGUUCAGUAGAGGAGCGUGUCAAACACAGCAGUCAAUUCUAACAGAAGGAGAAUUGCGUAUUGGCCUUUGUUUGCAUGCAUUAAAAUAUCAUUGGUGACUUGGCGUUAAGCUGUCCCUUUGCUGUGUUUAUUUUGUGUUUAUCCUCAAUAAGCUUUAGGAGUUUUUUUUAAAGAUUUGUGACCAAAGAGGAAGAUUUGAGAUCGGCCAGUACUCGUCGAACUGAGCUGGAUUUAGUGAGGGUUUUUUUAGCAGUGGGUGAAAAUUGGCAAUUUGGAAACAGUCAGGUACAGUGUCAGCUGUAAGUGAGUUGUUGGUGAUGCAGUUGCCAGCAGAAAUACUCUUUGCAUGAUCCAAUUUUUUAUUUUUUUGCAAGCAUUCUUGGCAGCAUAAUUUUGUAUGGAAGAAAACCAACAUGGUUUGACUGAUGAUACUUGCAAAUGGAAAAAUCAAAGUCAUGGUAAAAGUACCUUCUAUUUCACCUUGUUGGUAUUUCUUUCCAGACUAUGCUCAUGGCAUCACCAUGCUGAGCCCAUUUACCUCAGAAAAGAAGCAGUUGGUGAGUUUCUGCUCACCGAGCGGUGAAGAACUUAGAAAAUUUGCUGAAGAGCUAAGAGAGGCCAUCACAGAGGUCAACGAGAUGGAGCAAAUACACAUCCAGUGUAAGGAAGCAAAAUCACACUCCUCAACAGAUGAACAUGCAAACAAGACAUACCAGAGUGUGUGGGAAUGAUUUUAUUUCCUCUCUCUAAUGUUACAGGGGAAUUAGAGAGGCAGCAAGGCAUCCAGCAUGGCAUACAUACCAAUGGUGGACAAUUGGACACACACACAGGCUCUCCCUCAGGUACUGCUUUAUUUCAUGCAGCAUACAUUACUCAGCACAAUGAAUUCAUUGCUUAUAACAAUACAUUAAUUUCACACAACAAUGCAUUCAUUACAAAAGCAAUCUAUAAACCACUAAAGGCAAGGCAAAAAAAAAAAAACCUUCAUGGAUGAUUGACGUCUGAAAACACAAAACCCCAAAAGAGGAAAACUUACAUUAAUUAAUCACAUAUUUGAACAACCAUCAGCUUUUUAAAGUACAUUUAGCUUAAAAUACUGCAUAUAAACCCAGAAGCUGCAUGUUGACUUACAAGUGAUGCUCAUCCUCCCAACAGGCCAACAGGAUCCGUAUGACAAAACUGGAAACAACAACACAGUCGAGGUAAGUUUGAAAGCCUGUUUUGUCUCAAAUAAGGUAAGUGUCUGUGUCCAAGACUGUGAGUGUGUUUUUGAAUGUGUGUGUGCGUGUGUGUCAUUAGACGCGGAGAGUUCCUCAUCAUGGAAAGAGAGUCUGCUUUAUGCUUUGCUUUUAAAAGAACACCGCCUCAGGCACAUCUGCACUAUGCAGCCAAGGAUACAAAGGCCACUGAGAGGAGCCGCUGUAGUGACAAACCAUCUCUUUCUGUGCCUCACAAGUGGCUCAGCAGCCACUCUGCUUGCUAUAAAACAUCUCUUCUUUCAUCAGCUGCUGCUUGACAGCAUUACUGUAUAAGCCUUUGCUAGCCACCAUAAGCCUGGCUGGCUCCUAGAAUACCAUCUACAAAGCCACAUAAGCUUGAUAGUGUUAACAGUCUGUCAGUUGUGUGUGUGUGUGUGUGGGUGGGUGUGUGUCUGUAAAAACCAGCCAUUCCUUUAUCAAAGUAAAGUGACAGAGGCCCCCCUUCCAGUUUUACUCCUUUUAUCCUCUCCUCUCUCUCCUACCUUUCAGUCAGUCCUUCAGAGUGUACAUAAGUGUGUUAGGGAGACACCACGCCCUCGGUGUCACCUCUCUCCUCUCCUGAUACUCCCUCUAUCUGUUAGCUUCCCAUUCAUCGACCAUAUUUGCAGACAAACCACACAAACAUAUACACAUAGACAUAAAAACAAACAAAAAAAUCCUGCCAUGAUCUCUGAUAAGAUCCUCUCCUUACCCCAAAUCCUUUUUUUCUCUGGGCUGGUGUUGGAGGAAAGGGGAUCAAUAGAAGGUUAAUCAUGUAAAGGCAUGAUUGAGUGAACAAGAGGGGUGAUUGUGUGUUUUGCAUGCGCUCGCUCUGCAUUCUACCUACCUGCAUGCCUGCAUGCCCAUGUGCGUAACACACCAGAGGGCUGCGUAGAGGCUGCGUUCAGGCUGGUAACUCCUCAUGCGUUCUCUGACUGUUCCUAAACUAGGUGUCAAUUCACAACAGGCUGCAGACCUAUCAACUGAGCCAGCCCAGCAUUGAGUCCACGCCUCUGGCCCUGGCUGCUCCACCUGCCCUCCUCAGCCCAAUCCAAGCCGGAGACCUCCGCCCAGAAACACUCAUCCAAUGCCAGCAGAUCGUCAAGGUGAUUGUGAUGGACCAGAGUGGGCGAGGGCGGAUGGAGGCCUUCCUCAGUCAAGGCCCGGCCGCUCAUCAGCUCAUCCAGUCUGCCCUGUCCACACCUGUGCGAGUCAGAGAGGGAGACGGCCCUCAACCCCCUCUGCCGCCUCCCCCUCCACCUUACAAUCACCCUCACCAAUUCUGCCCGCCUGACUCACCCAUGCCCCUCCACCACACCAUGCCUCUUACCCGCAGGCGCAACUCCAGCGGCUCCCGUAGCAUCGUCUGAGUUGAUGUUGGCUCUAUGAACCUAGAGGGCCAUGUCUGACCCUCACAUUUACACAAAACACAGACAUGCUGUAGCACGAGUGGACUCACUCUGAAUUUCAGAUAAAAGAAAAGAAGAUGUGGAUAAACUGUAUGCACGACAUAAUGGGACGAAGGAACGGAAACCAACUGGGAUCUACUCAAAAUCCUUACUAAGUGGUGGCGUCUGAGCAUGGCGCGGAUUCUGAAAGACAACUUUUCUUCUUUCUUUUGUCUCCAACAGGUCACCCAGUAGCUGAUUGUGUUGUCUUUCUAGAUAUCACACUGUUAAAGAGACCUUGUGACUUUACAUUUUUAAAUGUCACCUGUCCUGCAAUCAUGUCUGUGAGCUCUAGACUGUGAAACAAAGGAUGAUAGCAGCCCUGAAAGGACAGAGGAUUACUUUGCAUUAGACUGAGAAUAUCAUUUUUUUUUCUUGGGUUUAGUUUUUAUCACAAAUGAGGAACAAUUUCAGCUGCGCUUAUCAAGCUUACCCUUACUGUUCUGUCUUUUGUUCUCAUUUGAACAUAAUGUGAAGAAACAGGAGUACCAGCUUAUUUGUCUCCCUCAAUUGUUCCAGGGAACAGAUAAUCAGUAUAUGUGAGAAAGGAGGUGACAAAUAAUACCAUGUCUACCUUAACAUGUGCAGUCUAGCAUUAUGAGCAAGGAUGUUGCUACACACCAAACUACUCCAUAUCCUGAUGACAAUCAUAUUACUUUGUGAUUCAUUGUGCAUUUUGCGCGAGCAGAUAUCCUCACAGUCGCGUGUGACUCCUCUGAUUCUGUGGUAUUUUGCUCUAACAGAGCUCAGGAAAGGAUUUCACUGUAACUUGUACUAUCUGCACAUCUUGGGUUGUUCUGAAAGCAGCGUGCUUGUGUAGCGUGUGUUCGUUCUGCUUACUCAUGUGCAGCAGAGAGUAGGGCUGCUAAUUCAUCCAAAACAAGGCUAAAACAGCCAGAUGAAGCCUUUCCCCCCUCCUGUACAUUUACUCCUAAUGGGUUUUCCCAGUGUGAAUAAUGUUCUUACCCUUGAAUUCAGGCAAUAUAUCUGCCCAGAAGACAUUUAGUUUAAAAAAGAAUGAGAGUUGCUCCACACAGGGUAGACCAAUGUCACCUCACAGAAAAUAAGUAUUAUAUUUUUCUUGCACACUGGAAAUGUUUUAAAAACAGAGAUGCAUUCUUGUGCUGAAUGUUUAUCAGGGUGAAAAACCGAAGAUGUCCAUGGAAUAACUUCUUAUUUCAUCAACAGUUAGUCUGUCCAGUGUCAUUGGUUUGAGCACAAGCCGGUUUGUACAGCAGAUCACGAAAUCAUCCGACUGAGGCAUACCAAACGCGUCUUGUACCUUUUGCACCACAGGAUAUAUUGGAUAUAUUGUAAAUAGAUAAUAUAGAUUUAUUCUAAAAAAAAGUGAUUGGUUUGCCAAGUGUGUAUCUACGUAUGUAUUUGUACAGAGAAGAUCUAGUUUAAAAAGAAAAAAGGAUAUUAUAGUUAUUAUUAUUAUUAUUAUUAUUAUUAUUCACAAUAAAUAUCAGGAGGUGUUCUAAUUCCUCUGACAAAGAGAGACAGGAAACAGGCAGCUUUUAUAGAAUACACUCCGGUUACCACGGUAACACACACUAAUACUAUUACAGAUCUAUGUUCACCAUUAAAUUACAGUCAUAUUAUGAUUAUUAUUAUUAUACUUAUUAUUAUUAUAGGAUCAUUUAAAGAUGGCUGUUUCACCUGCUUUCAGGUGUGUUAAGGGCUAUGCUGUGCUUGGUGAAUACGUACAGUAAUUCACAUUUUACACGCAUACACCCACAAUCACAUACAGAAUCAAACACACACACACACACACACACACACACAUUUACACAUUUACACACACAUCCUGACACGCUGACGUACACAUACAUGCACGUAGCUGCCAAAGCAACAACAAAUCCAGCUUAGGUACAUGUUAGAAUCUGCUUGAUUUCUCAAGUCAGUGACCCCACGUUGUUUACUGUAAACUCUGACUGGCUUGUACUAUACAGCAUGAUGACUUUUGUUAUUUCAUUUACAGCACACAUGCGGGGGAUGGGGAGGGAAUUUGAUUAUAUGUUCGUAUCAUUAUUGUCAGGGCAUGUUGGGUCGAUUGAUGUCAUUUUCUCCCUCUCCUCUCUCUCUGUCUUUUUCUCUCUAUACUUCCUCCCUCCCUUCUGCCCGACCCCUUUACCCCCCUCAAUUUCUCUGUGUUGUCAUGGAGACACGCCAAUCUGCAUCCUCACUGUGGAGCACUGUCAUUAAUCUUUGCACCCUCACGAUAUUUCUAAAAAGGAGAUUUCUUAAAGAUCAACAUGUUUACUAAUGGAAUAUUUCUAAUUUUUCUGUUCGAGGAGAAUGAGAGAAUAAAGUAGUUUUUACUCUCACCCGCCAACUGUC